AGUAAAGAAAAAAAGUCACAAAGCCGACAGAAAGAGCGAAUGGCGAAAUUGCUCCCUCAGUCGCUCGCGGUCUGCAUGAACGUGAGGUCGACCUCGGAUUACUACGGUGCAGUGCUGUGCGCCAUCUGGAUUUCCCACCUCAAUCUCCUGCGGACGGCUGCGUCGAGUCCGACGCUGGAGUGGCGUCAAUCUGCUCCCCCGCAUCACACUGCCGCAGCAUCGUGCCAUCGGAGUUGGGGAAAAACACAAAGAAAAAAGAAAGCAGAGAAAGAAAAGCGAGGCGUACAAAGAAGGAUUGCGAAGUGUCGUUAAAAAGCAACAAAGAGGUGGCCAGGUGGACGUGAAGACAGAGCCGCGGGCACUGCUGUAGCCAGGUAGAAUAACAGUAACGACACUGGCUGAAACGUGCGGAUAUUGAGACCGGCGGACGAGGCGUGACGUCAACCAUUUCACCAGAGCAAAGAAUUGAGAUGCAGACACCCGCCGGUUUCUGUGAGCAAUCGAGGCAGCAAAUGCAGUCGCGGUAUUGCGCAUGACCCUGUACACAAGGAAAGUCAGCUGAGAGUUUUCUGGAAGCCGGCUGCCCCUCCUCGAAUCCUGUCCCAUGUGCGAGUCGGUGUUGAGGGUCGGUCAAGACUAGCAGCCUGCUCCGCUCGUGGCCACGGCACAGGUCUCGAAGAUCACCGCUGAACUCGGCCGGGCACCUGUCGCUUCUUGGCGCAGAGGACGUCGACGACGGCCAGCGCCGAACGGAAAGAGUAGAGGGCUUCUGCAGCGGCCACAUAAUGGCGGAGCUCUUGUGCCUUGAGAAGGACGUGGAUUUCCAGGAGCGGCCCGAGGGCCAGGGUCCCGUAUGCUCGUACAGGGACCCGGCCAUCUUCGACGACUCCACAGUGCUCGACAACCUGCUCAGGUCCGAGGAGAGGUAUCCAAUCAACCCUCGAUACUUCACCUGUGUCCAAAAGGAGCUCUCCGUCAACAUGAGGCGGAUCGUCGGACGCUGGAUGCUUGAGGUGUGCGAGGUGGAACAGUGUCGGCCCGAGGUUUACCCACUCGCCAUGAACUGCCUGGAUCGGUUCCUGUCAGUGAGGCCAGUGCGCAAGUGUCAACUGCAACUUACGGGAGCCGUGUGCAUGUUGCUCGCCUCAAAGUUCCGCCAGACCAAGCCCCUGUCCCUGGAGAGGCUUUCCAUGUUCACCGACUACUCGGUCACCAGGGAAGAACUCAAGGACUGGGAACUGGUGGUGGUCUCGACCCUCAAGUGGGACGUUUGCGGUGUGAUCGCGUGCGACUUCCUCGACCACCUGAUCCACAGGUUGGAGCUACCCAAGGAGGCAAUGUGCAGCCGAGACCACAUCCGCACUCACGCGCAGACCUUCAUCAGCCUCUGCUACACGGAAUUCGAGUUCAUCCUGUCGCCAGCGUCGAUGAUCGCCGCGGCGAGCAUCAGUAUGGCCGUCUGCGGCCUAGUCAAACUCAACUGGACCCAAAAGAAAGAAGUGCUGCAGAGGCUUCACGACAUCACCAGCAUAGAAGUGGACUGUCUACAAGACUGCCAGCAGAGGAUCGAGAAGACCCUGGUGAGGAACUACCCCGAACUCACCAAGAGCCUUGCGGCCUCCUUGAACGGCACAACCCCAACGCCAACUCCGGCAUCGACGCCUUCGGGGGACUACGCAGUUAAAGUGAGCGCCGAGACAGUCACCCUGGAGUCAGAGACCCCCGAUACGCCCACCGACGUCCAGGACGUUCUAUUUUGAACUGCGGCCUCCCCCAAUGCUUAGGCACUGCCGGAAUACCUUAGGAAAAUGAAAAAAAAAAAAGAAAAGAGAAACAAGACAAGAAUCCCCGGUCACUGUGCUUCACCAGUUGCUCGUGGUUGACAAGCCCAGCGAUGUUUGGCUUCAAGUAAACAUCCUUCCACCCAACAACCACCUUGUUUCCCAACCCCUUCAAACAGCUGCAAGAAAAUGCAAUAGAACUCGUACGAGGAGGGACUCCGGUGUUCACCUCGAGUACCCAUCCGCCUUAGUAAAUGCAAUGGAACACUCCUGUGUGCAUGUGCGUGUGCGUGUGUGCUGCCGCAGUGUUUUUUUGGUGACUUUCGGCAAACUAUAUUUAGUCCUUUUUUUUUUCUAUUCGUCGAUUCAUUGCUGCCCCCUGCCUGCCGAGAAAGGAAGCAGAAGAAACGUCCUUGCCAACGCGAAGAGAGCCUGUGACAAUCUUUUCUGACCUGACCUCAGCACCAUCGCUACACUCCAAAGGCUUUUUGUUUGUCGCUCGUGAAAAAGAUACUGAAAGAACUGGAAGGCUGACGCAAACGUUCGAUGAUAACUGAAGAUGUGAACUGGUGUUAUAGAGACGUUUUUUUUUUAAACCUUUGUCUUCUCUUAGCCAUUGAGCGUUGGUCAAAGAUGGUCACUCCUUACUCGUCCUUGCCUUUUUUAUUAUUAUUAUUAUUAUUAUUAUUAUUAUUAUUAACUCUGCCGGGACAUUGAGUCGAAAGAGAGUGAAACGGAGAGCAAAAACAUGUAGUGAUGUGCGACUGCCAGUAGUGUGCCUUGUGCAAAAUGUGCGUCUCAGAAAUAAUGGAACGCAGAGAUGUGAAGACGCCUAGUCAACGAUGAACGUGACUUUUUUUUAUGUUGUGUUUCAGCUUAGUCUGUAUGGCAUUGUAUUAGUGUGUGUAAGGGACCAACGACGAAGAUGACGGCUAGAAAAACGAAAGCAA